AUGGCAAAAACCCGACUCGGCCUCUCGACGCGACUUGUACUCCUCGUGGCCAUUGUCUGCGCCUGCAGCGUCGGCUCUGCAGUAGCUGACGCGGCCCUUCGUCUGCUACGCACCACGGAGCAAGACGACAAUUACACCUUUUCCGACAAAACCACUCUCGACGCGCCAGCCGUCAGAACGCCUCGUACUGCUGCAACCGAAGCUGCCACUGUCCUGUCGGCGGAGACCCCGCAACCCGCUGUUGAUCCCCCGCACACGCCUUCGUCCCACACGACGACAGAGACCGAAUCAAAGGGGUCGACGCCUGCUCCCCACUCGACGACGGAGACCGGAUCAAAGGCCUCGACUCCUGCUUCCCACUCGACGAGUUCCGAAACGAAGCCCGCCGAGGCUCAUGCACCUGCGCACGAGGGACCGACCAUGAUGAUGCUCGUGGGUCCAGCAGUGGCGGGCGUGCUGGCCAUCCUCCUCAUUGGCGCCGUCAUUGUCUUCAAGAACCGCAUGAACAAGCAGUAA